AUGGCGUUAACCUCACAGAGAUUCCAGUCGUCCGACGACAGUUUUCCUACCGUUCAACUCUUUCUUCUCGCAAUAUGUCGAGUCGCAGAGCCAAUCGCCUUGACCUCCAUCUUCCCAUACUCAUGGGUGAUGGUCAAAGACUUCCAUGUGGAUGAUGAAAAUGCCUCUUUCUACGCCGGUAUUCUGAUCUCGGCCUUCUCGCUCGCCGAGGCUCUUACCGGUAUGUUCUGGGGCGGGCUUUCGGACCGUGUAGGUCGCAAACCCAUCCUGCUCUCGGGGUGUGUUGGUACCAUGCUGUCUUUACUUUUGGUUGGACUGGCACCGAACUUUUGGGUUGCGCUCAUUGGUCGCGCUCUCGGGGGUGCUCUGAAUGGUAAUAUCGGAGUCAUUCAGACUAUGGUUGGUGAGCUUGUUAAGCGGCCAGAGCAUGAACCUCGAGCUUACACUAUCAUGCCUUUUGUUUGGUCGAUUGGGUCCAUUAUUGGUCCUGCUAUUGGUGGCCUCCUUGCAAAGCCUGCUGAUAACUAUCCCUCUUUGUUCCCCGUGGAUGGUCUCUUUGGAAAGUUUCCUUUCCUUUUGCCCAACCUUGUCUGCUCGGUUUUGCUCCUCUUUAGUAUUAUUGGGAGCUGGCUGUUCUUGCAGGAGACUCAUCCGGACAUGCAGGCCAAUCCGGCCCAUGGAUACUUCGAUCAUGCAGCUGAACAGCCUCUGCUCGUCACUUCAGGUGCUACUGCCAAUGCCGCUGUGGACCUUCGGGCGGAGUCUUACGGCACCUUCAACCAGGUCCAUCUUCACCAGGAUGAAAAUUGGACUGUGCAGGCCGAUGGAUCAUCACCUUCUUGGAAACAACUACCCAAGCCGAAGGCUUUCACGUGGAAGGUCAUCAUGCUUGUGUUGGCAUUGACUAUCUUCACCUACCACUCAAUGACAUACGACCAUCUAUUGCCUAUUUUCUUGCAGGACAAGAAUGGAACAGGCUCGCCAUCUUCGGUUUUUGAUAUAUCAGGCGGAGUUGGACUGUCGACUAGAACAGUGGGUGUCAUCAUGUCCACUGAUGGUAUCAUCGCAAUUGUCAUCCAAAGCAUCAUCUUCCCCGCAUUGGCACACUACCUCGGAAUCUGGCGACUUUUCGUCAUCGUCACAGUUCUGCAUCCAAUUGCCUACUUCAUGGUCCCAUUCCUGGCUUUCUUGCCUAGCCAAUUUGUCUACGGCGGGAUAUAUACCUGCCUGAUCACCCGCAACAUCCUCUCUAUCAUCGACUAUCCCGUGCUCUUGAUCCUCAUCAAGCAGGCUAGCCCUUCAGACUCGGUCAUGGGCAAGAUCAAUGGAUUAGCUGCGUCUGCUGGGGCAGUUUCUCGCACUCUUGCCCCUCCAAUUGCUGGUUUUUUGUACAGUUAUGGAUCAAGAGUUGGCUGCACUGCUCUCGCCUGGUGGGGCAGUACCCUCGUUGCUGUGAUCGGCGCUUUGCAACUGUGGUUCAUUCAGCAAAACCGCCAUUCUUCAGCUUGCGUGCAGCCUGCACCACCUUUUGAUUAUGUUGCUGUUCCAGAGCAGCCACAUAACGAUGUUGUUCAUAUCAUCGUCAACGAUGGCGAUUCACAUGAACAGACCGCUGUUCCACAAUGA